UGGGAUAGCGUCUCCGUCCGCACACCUUUCUUCUCUCCGCGCGGCCGUAGCGGGCGCCAUCCAAAAGUAGUGUCAGCAGAUGCGAGUCGGCGUUCGAAUCGCACGGCUCUCUACUUUCCUCUUCCGUUCUCCCCACUUCCCGCUUGUCUCUUCUACCUCUCGCCGUCUUCGCUGCAACCUUUCCCCUUCCGCCGCCUCGCCCGAGGAAUGCGAGUUAAAUGAAGAAAGUGACAAAUUCUUGCGAUGGUUGAGACAGAAGGCAGGUUCUGAGAUAUCCUCAGUGUUGUCACUUGGAAAUUCCGUCCAUGGCAGGUCAUUAUUUGCUUCAAAGAAUAUAAAAUCUGGAGAAUGCAUAUUGAAGGUUCCUUAUAUCGCACAAAUAACUUCAGAGAACAUCUCUGGGGAAAUCAAACUGUUACUUCCUCGUGACAUUGAAAAUGUAUCACGACUUGCAGUAGUUCUUUUAGCAGAAAAAAAACAUGGAGAGUAUUCUGGAUGGGCGACCUAUGUCAAUAGUCUUCCUUCCGUAGAUGAGAUGCAUAAUGCAAUUUUUUGGAGCAAAGAUGAACUUGAGAUGGUUCAAGAAAGCUCAAUUUAUCAGGAAACUAUCAACUUGCAAGCUCACAUUAAGAAGGAAUACUCAGUGCUUGGACCAGUUCUAGAACAGUUCCCUUAUGUUUUUGGUGAUGUUCAUUUGAUGGAUUUCAUGCACGCGUAUGCUCUAGUUACCUCACGGGCAUGGGACACCUCCAAGGGUGUAUCUUUGAUCCCGUUUGCAGAUUUUCUUAAUCAUGAUGGCACGUGUGAUGCAGUCUUACUAAGUGAUGUACACAAUGAAAUUUCUGAGGUUAUUGCUGAUCGGGACUAUGCUGUCGGUGAACAGGUGAUGAUUAGAUAUGGCAAGUUUUCUAAUGCUACACUGCUUCUGGAUUUUGGUUUUACUCUUCCAUACAACAGAUAUGAUCAGGUCCAGCUUUUGUUGGAUAUACCUUCACAUGAUCCCUUAUAUGGAAUGAAGUCUGAGAUUCUGAAGAAGCAUUGUUGGCCAAGGACGACCACAAAUGCUGAUAAAUCCAACACUACUGGAAAUUCCUUUAUUGUCAAGGAAGUCAAAUCUGCUAAUGGAAAAGGAAAGGGUAUUCCACAAGCCCUCCGUGCAUUUGCCAGGGUUCUAUCUGCUACAUCAGUUGAAGAACUACAAUCUCUGGUCACUGAGGCUACCGAAAAUGAUGGUCGGCUAGCUCGGCGCCCUUUAAAGAGCAAUGAAAGGGAGAUUCAGGCACAUCACAUCUUGUGUUCUCGACUUCUGCACAUGAUUCAUGGUCAUGACGUUGCUCUGAAGGAACUUAAAUUUGUGGAUGCUUUUGAUUGUAAUAACCAGCAAUCUCUUAGGACUCGAAUGGCAAAGGAUCUUCUUAAUGGAGAGCUUCGAGUGAUGAAGUCCGCCUAUGCCUGGUUGACAAAUUACUGCACAAGUUUGUCGGUGCCUAAGGAGAUAUAUACUUCAUCUUGAGAGUUGCAUGAUCUAUGUCGACACGACACUUGAGUCCAGAGUUCUUGGGCAGAGAGUUCCUGGGCAGUGAUGUAUGCAUGUUCAUUCCGUUUUUGAGAAACGAAGAAUUAGAGUCAUUUUGUUGCUGUAUAUUUUGAAGGAAAAAGAAAGAAAGAAAGAAGAUUGUUGUGCAUUAAUAGAUAUUUAUUUGGUUUUUGUUUUAGAUGACAACUAUUUGUUUGGAGGUUGCUAAAUCAGAUUUUGAUUGUACGAGCUGAAAAUUCAUUCAGAUAUAAUUUGAUUCUUUUUUUAGUCGGUCU